CCGAGAGACAUGGGGCCCCUCCCGCUCAUUUCCUCCUCCUCGUCGUCGAUCUCCGCCACCACCACCGCCUCCUCCUCCUCCUCCUCCUCUUCUUCCCAUGGGCGACUUCUAGGGUAAGGGUUUCCACCUUCUUCCGUGCUAACCUACCCUGCUCUCUCGCCACCCAUGUCCUCCGCCUCUGUCCUUGUCAUGCCUUGGUGGAAGAGCAACAGCAACGGUAUCCUCUCCUCCCCCCCUUCCUUCGCUUUAUCAACUUCGUCUUCUUCCUCUCCUCCGAUGAGCAAGGGCUGGUCCAAGGAUUCCUGCCUCUUCCCUUGGAGCAGCCGGGACAGAGAUCCCCAGCUCACCCGCCAGCGCAAGCUCCGCCACCUCACCGACAUCGAAAUCGAUGCCUUGGCCCUCGAGGCUGCCGCGCACGAAUGCUCGAGUUCCAGGGACAUGCCUGGUGCCACCAGAAAUCUCGACACCCUACCCUCCCGUUGCGCGUCCUCGCCCAUGCUGUUGCCGCGCCCGCUCCCCCUUCCCGCUGCUUCCCGAGCUUCGGCCUCGGACCAGGAUUUGGGAUCCUCUCCGCGGCAUUCGGCGGGACGCCCUCCCUCUCCGUGGGAGAAUUCGGGCAGGACCGAAGGUGACGGGAAUGGAACGACCGCCGAGCCCUCGACCCUGUUUUCAGUAGGAAGGUUAGCUUGCCAGACUAAUCCACAGAGUAGACAGCAUGUUGACAAACCAUCAAAUCUGACAACAAUUAGUUACCGGAGGAAAGAAUUCCCAAAUCCAAAUUCUUCCAGUACUAUGAACUUCAGACUGAAGAUUCCUGCUAAAACUGUUGCAAUUGGUGAUUUUGCAAGCCCUAUUGCUAGUCCUAUACGUAGCCCCAGGAGAUUGAGUAGUGCAGACUCUUUGUCUUCUGGCAAUGGCAAUACAGGCCUUAAAGUGUCAUCAGCACCAGAGAUCUCUACCAUGGGUCUGGUGACAGCUCUUCUGUCAAAGACAUCACCUGAUAAGAUGAUUCAUAGUCCUGAAAUUUCUCCAUUUUCUAGUCCAAACACUAAAGAUAAUAUAUCAAAAUCUAGAAAUCCUAGUGGGCCUCCUUCACCCUUGCACACAAAGAAGUUCCCAGAGAGCUCGUCUAGACAACAUGAUAAUGGUGGUAACGUAGAAGUGCACCCACUUCCUCUCCCUCCUGGGGCAUCUCCUCCUUCACAAUCAACUUUUUCUCAUCAAAGUGCAGCAAAAGCAGAGGUGCCACACAAGACUAAUCAGUGGCAGAAAGGAAAACUACUUGGAAGUGGAACUUUUGGUAAUGUUUAUGAAGCCACUAACAGACACACUGGUGCUUUAUGUGCGAUGAAAGAAGUAAAUAUAAUUCCUGAUGAUCCCAAAUCAGCUGAAUGCUUGAAGCAGUUGGAACAGGAAAUAAAGUUUCUCAGUCAAUUUAAGCAUCCUAAUAUCGUUCAAUACUAUGGCACAGAAACAAUUGAGGAUCAGCUGUACAUUUAUUUAGAGUAUGUCCACCCUGGCUCAAUUAAUAAGUAUGUUCGACAGCAUUGUGGAGCUAUGACUGAAUCAGUGGUGCGCAAUUUUACCCGUCAUAUUUUGAAUGGGUUGAUUUACUUGCAUAGUAAAAACAUCGUGCACAGAGAUAUCAAAGGGGCAAAUUUGCUUGUUGAUGUGAAUGGCGUUGUCAAGCUUGCUGAUUUUGGGAUGGCAAAACACUUAAGUGGAGCAGCACGAACCCUUUCCUUGAAGGGUUCACCAUUUUGGAUGGCUCCAGAGAUGUUGCAGGCUACUACGAACAAAGAAAUUGGAUAUGAUCUUGCUGUUGACAUUUGGAGUUUGGGUUGUACAAUCAUUGAGAUGUUCACAGGGAAGCACCCAUGGAGCAAUCUAGAUGGGCCCCAAGCAAUGUUUAAGGUCCUCCUUGAAGAUCCACCAAUGCCUGAAACAUUGUCGAGUGAGGGCAAAGAUUUUCUCCGACGUUGCUUUCAUAGGAAUCCUGCAGAGAGGCCAACUGCCAAAAUGUUGCUUGACCAUCCCUUUCUGCAAAAUGCGAACCACUACAAUCUUCAUGGUUCUCUCCAGGCUUUUGCAGGGAUUAAACUCGGUUAUCCUAAAAACCCAAAAGAUAAAGGCAACUCCAAUAGCGAACCAUGCGUUAAAAGGAAACCGAUCUUCAAUGGCAACAACAAACAUUCUCACAAGGAGUUCCCUGAAUCAGCUGCCUCCCAUCUUUCUACUUGUUCCACUGCCAAGGUUUUUCCUAGUUUAUCCCCUCCUCAUUCAAGUUACACUGUGCCAGUUCGAUCUGGUUCUUCAGCAAAUACUCAGAUUGAAGUGCAGUUCAAUGUUGGAAAUUUUCAAUCCCGUGCAUCCUUCAAUCCUUUUGUGAAGGAGGACAAAAGCCACUUCUGAUGUAGAGCCGCAAUGCACCUGAUGAAGAGGCUUAUCUAUUAAGAAGGAUUUCCAAGUCUAAGGAAGGGAGUUGAAGAGGCUAAUGUCAUUUGAAGAAUAUUAGGAUUCAUCAUAAGACUAACAAUCAGUAACCUCAGAGCAUCUGUUGAGCUAAUGCUAAAUCAACGACCACGUGAUUCUUCUCCAAGUAAAUACCAACCCCUAACCAAUAAGGUUUGUCAAGUGUUGAUAAACUGGCUGCAUCCUCCGCACUGUGGGCAAUGUUGGAUGGGUACAUGAAGCUCCAUGUUGCAGUGUUGAUCUUCAUUGUUACAAGAAAUCUUGUACUUGUACAUCCAGUACAUGGAUGGGAUGGGAUGGGAUGUGUCGUCUCUAAUGUGUAUUUUUGUCGACAUCAGGAAUAAAGGUCAACACUGUGGAUGUAAACCUCACAUAUUGUUGUACAUCAUCAUUAUAUAUACAAUGUUGUCAUCGUACAA